AUGUCCACCUUUUUUCCUCAGCCACCGCCACUUCCGAUGCCUUUCACUACCACCGUCAACGGCGGAGCUACUCCUAACACCGCCAUUACUCAAUCUCAACAACCUGUUGAUAACAAUCUUCUCAGUGACAAUACUCCUUCACCUUCUUCAUCAUCGUCUUCCUCUUCUUCGAUCAUUAUAGUUAUCAUUGUUAUUGCAUCUGCUAUUAUCGUUUCUGCUUCUAUAUACCUCAUCCUUCGCGUGAUCUCGCGGCGGUUCCACCGCUCCUUCCGUACAUACGCCGCGGCGGAUGAUGUUGUCUCGCAUUCUGCUGCUGCUACGGCGGUUACUGAAAACCGUCGUUUUGAUGACCAACGGAGUUCGGAGGAGGAGAAAUUGGUUGAGUCGUUACCGCUUUUUACGUUUGGUUCUGUUACUGGGAAUUUAACCGGCGUGGACUGUGCUGUCUGUUUAUCGAAAUUUGAAAAGGAUGACCAGCUGCGUCUGCUUCCGCUAUGUUGUCACGCAUUCCACAGCAGUUGUAUAGACGCUUGGCUCGUAACAAACCAGACUUGUCCGCUCUGCAGGUCUACCGUGUAUCCUACGGAUGCGGAUGUGCUUAGUAAAGUGUUAGCGGCGGAAAAUUCUGACGGUCGCGGCGGAUAUGAGCUGCGACAUAGCGGUAGUUUCCGAGUUGAGAUCGGUAGUGUUAGUCGCCGUCGUGGUAAUUCUGAUUCCGCCGCAGGUGACGGUCAGAGAUCGUAUUCUAUUGGCUCGUUCGAGUACAUUGUCGAUGACGGUUACGAGCUUUCCGUAGGGUCCAUACACCGACGUGGAGUUUCUGAAUGCACCGACAAGGAAUCGAUCGGUGUUCCGGUGCCGGCACCACCUGGAGAAAGUAUAGCUUCAGAUGUUUCUGGUGGUGGACGAAGUUGGCUCCGAGAUUAUGUUGACAGAAUUGGUUCACUUUCUCUUUCGUCCCGCACAAUGUCGUUCCGGAGCUCCGGAAGGUUUUUCAACGGCAGUAGCCGGCGGAACGACAUCGUCGUGCCUAUUGAUGAUUUGGAAGCUGGCCGGGUUGGGGAGGAGAUUAGCGAGUUGUUUCGGUGGCUCUCAGGGGUAUGA